GCGGAGGGGACGACAGUCACAGUGGCGGUUUACCUCAACGCACGGGACAAACUCUGGCAGCAUGCUUUGCAGGACUUUUUUAAUUAUCGCCUUCCGCUAAACUUGAAGGAGUUGCAGAACCACUGCGCAUUGGAUAACAAGUACCGCAGGACUUGAACGGUAAAUAAAUACUUGUUUUGUUAGACCGCAGAUUUUAAUAUGCGUGCUACCGGUGCUUCAUUGGGUUUCCUUUCGCCGCCCCACACAACGUGGUCACAGCAGCGCUUUUACAGAAAACUACAAACCCGUUAACCUUCCAGCAUGCCCAGUCUCAAGAAAUUGCCCUUGUUUAUUCCGUAUAUUUAUACUAAACAACAAACUUUACAUUGCAUUAUGAGAAAUUGACUUUCAGUCGUUCCUUUUACGGAGAUAGCGUUUCUGUCGGACAUAAACAAUCCCCAAUACUACACCUUGGACAGUCGUCGUAUGGAUGGAACAUUAAUUCAGGGAUACUUUACAAGUGUCCACAUUUUUCCAUAACCAAGCAAGUCCAUGCAGCUGUUCUCAUUUUUUUCUUCCCCGGGAUAUUAUGAGCUUUUGGUGAGGGCAGUCAUGUCAUGCAGCAUGCCACAGUUCUGACAGACGUCCCACAUUGUCCCAAAACACUAUGGGGACCGCUCAAGCGCAGACUGUCAUUAUCAUUUUAUUAUUCUGGUGCCAUCUGCUGAUCGCCGGGUCGGCCCUGGAGAUCGGCGCCUACGACAUUGAGCGAGGAGGACGGCCGAAAAAAUGCGAGCCCAUCACCAUCCCCAUGUGCCAGGGCAUUGGCUACAACAUGACGCGCAUGCCCAACUUCCUCAAGUACGAGAGCCAGGUGGAGGCAGGCAUCAAGCUGCAGGAGUUUGAGCCGCUGGUGCAGUACGGCUGUGACGUGCACCUGCGCUUCUUCCUCUGCUCCCUCUACGUGCCCAUGUGCGCCGACCAGGUGUCCAACACCAUCCCCGCCUGCAGGCCCAUGUGCGAGCAGGCGCGCCAGCGCUGUCUGCCCGUCAUGGAGAAGUUCAGCUUCGGCUGGCCCGACUCGCUGGACUGCUCCCGCUUGCCCACCAAGCACGACCCCAACGCCCUGUGCAUGGAGGCACCCGAGAACGACACCAAGCCAGAGGGCAGACCGGGCGAAGGCAUGCUCCUGCUGCCACCUAGGCCCAGGCCACCCAACGCCGCUGGAGCUGCAGCAGGGGGCACCUCCACAUCCGGUAUGAGUUCCUGCAAGAACCAGGAGAAGUUCCAGUACGUGGAGAAGAGCCGCUCGUGCGCGCCGCGCUGUGCCCCGUCCAUCGACGUCUUUUGGUCACGGCAGGACAAGGACUUUGCCUUCGUGUGGAUGGCGGUGUGGUCGGCGCUCUGCUUCGUCUCCACCGCCUUCACCGUGCUCACCUUCCUGCUGGACCCGCACCGCUUCCAGUACCCCGAGCGGCCCAUCAUCUUCCUCAGCAUGUGCUACAACGUCUACUCGGUGGCCUUCAUCAUCCGCUCGGUGGCAGGCGCCGAGAACAUCGCUUGCGACCGGGAGAACGGCGAGCUGUACAUCAUCCAGGAGGGCCUGGAGAGCACGGGCUGCACGCUGGUCUUCCUCAUCCUCUACUACUUCGGCAUGGCCAGCUCCAUCUGGUGGGUCAUCCUCACGCUCACCUGGUUCCUGGCGGCAGGUCGCAAGUGGGGUCACGAGGCCAUCGAGGCGCACAGCUCCUACUUCCACAUGGCGGCCUGGGGCCUGCCGGCCAUGAAGACCAUUGUCAUCCUCACCAUGAGGAAGGUGGCCGGCGACGAGCUGACGGGGCUGUGCUACGUGGGCAGCAUGGACGUGGCGGCGCUCACCAGCUUCGUGCUGGUCCCGCUGGCCUGCUACCUGGUGGUGGGCACCAGCUUCAUCCUGACGGGCUUCGUGGCCCUGGUGCACAUCCGCAAGGUGAUGAAGACGGGCGGCACCAACACGGAGAAGCUGGAGAAACUGAUGGUGAAGAUCGGCGUCUUCUCCAUCCUCUACACAGUGCCCGCCACCUGCGUCAUCAUCUGCCUCUUCUACGAGCGCCUCAACAUGGACGUCUGGCGCUACCGGGCGCUGGAGAGCAAGUGCGUGGCCUUCCCCGGCCCCGGAGCUGUGGCUGCUGGGGCCGUGGCUGGGGCUGGGGGCCGGCAGCGUGUGGAGGACUGCUCGCUGGAUGCCUCGGUGCCCACCGUGGCCGUCUUCAUGGUGAAGAUCUUCAUGUCGCUGGUGGUGGGCAUCACCAGCGGCGUGUGGGUGUGGAGCCCCAAGACGCUGCAGACGUGGCAGGGGCUGUGCAGCCGGCGGCUGGCCGUCAGGGGCAGCGCCUCCAGGAAGACGGUGUGCAACAGCGUCAGCUGCAGCUGCAGCAGCUCCCACUCGCACUCGCACUGCUACUACAAGCCCUCGGCCGUGGCCCUGCACAUGACUAAAACACCAACAGACUCCUACUUGGAGACCCCAACGCACGUCUGAGGAACAGUGGACAAGAAAAAGCUGAGCUGAUUUCACAAAGCGAGGCUGAGCUGAGUGUCUUUUACAGUACCACUCCUGUGUGUACAGUAUGUGUGUGCCCCAGUGCCAAAGCUAAAGGCAGGAUCUUGUACAUUUGUUUGUUUUCUUUAAUUCUAAAGACAUUUCUGCUUUAAUGUGACUGCAAUUGAUGACUUGUAAAAAGUGGCAUAACUGGGAAAUUCUUUACCCCCCCGUGGACUUACUUAAAGGGAGUAUUAAUGUUUGCACAUCAUGUGAUGGUAGUGCUUGUUUGUGGUUGAAAACUGAGCAGGGAUGCAGUGCAAAUAGGAUGUACAUAGAGUUUGUUUGUUUGUUUGUUUAUGUUUUUGUUUGUGGUGGCCAAGUCCAGCAGCUAUAGGUAGUUAAAUUAUUGGUUUGAGUAUUUAUGUGCAGACCCGAAUAGGUUUUGCUUGUACUUAUUGUAUCGUAUUGUAUAUGAGCACCUGUACUGAAAGAAUAUAACAAAACAAAAAAGUGUUUCUAAAGAAGUCAUAUUUUUCCUAAAUAAAAGUCAGUAAAACAUG